GCCACCGCCACUACUCCGCACACGCGAUCACCGUGGGGCACGGACACACACUGCGCUCUCUCUCUCUCUCUCUCGCUCUCUCCCUCUCUCUCCUCCUUUCUUUCUCUCUCUUCGUCUCCCGAAUACCUCCUCGCCGUCGCUGCCACCCGCUAUUUCCGCGCGACGCGUGCUCGCCGCACGAUCGGGACGCGUGUUCCCCGUGAGUGUCGCCGUGACUCGCCGCGAGAGGGUUGAUGAGUGCGCGGCGGUGCCCCAGUGCCUCUAGUCGGUGAGAAAAGUCGGUUUGGUGAUAGGAAACGGCGAGAAAAAAAAGAAACGAAAGAGAGAAAGGGAUAAUACAUUGCGGACGACGACGACGAUCUUACUCGACGUGUCUUCCGCCAACGUGAUUAUUCGAAAGUGUGGAUUUUCAAUGUGAACCACGCGCUCGCGCGCGAGGGUGGAUUGUGUGCGACAAGGGAAAUCAGAGUACAGUGCCACACGCCGUAAGCACGGUUUGACAUCCCUUCGAUCGACCGCGCGGCGAUCCUCACGCGUGCGGUGCGAGGCCACGCGCAUUCACGCGACUCGCCGAUUUCCGACCUUCCUCUCCUCUCUUUCUCAGAAUUGAACGACUGCAGUCGGAGGCGGCGGCAAGGAAUCGGUCCGCAUCAUCAUGGAUUGGACGCGGGGGAUCGGUCUGACCAGCUUGUUAUGUUCUGUCUCGGAUGGAUCGAGGAAACAAAUGGCCUGAGGAUGCUGAACCUGAUAGUGCCGCAGCACGUGGUGCUCGGGCAAAAUAUAAGCCUCGAGUGCAACUUUAAUCUGGACGGCGAGAAGCUGUACUCGGUCAAGUGGUACAAGGAUGGCAACGAGUUCUACCGAUUCGUACCCCAGGAGAAGCCACCUGUUAUGGUGUUCGUCCAUCCCGGUGUCACGACGAACAUUCAUGAUUCUACCCAACGAACGGUCGUCCUCCGUUCCGUGAAUCUAAUGAGCACGGGACGCUACAGAUGCGAGGUUUCGGCAGAAGCGCCGUCCUUUCAGACCGUUUCCGACCAUUCGGAUAUGACGGUAGUCGGUAAGGAGACUCACAGAGAAGAUUCUUCCAAUAUCUUCGGAAGAGUUAAUUACGUCGCGUUAGCUUUAGCCCACGAGAGAGGACAUUAUCUGUCCCCUCAAAAAUAUCGAUCGACGGUCGAUGACGAAUCGCUGACGAUUCAUCUCGCGACGGUCGACCAGCAGUUGUUGAAGUCCCACCCCGUCGACGUGGACCGGAACGAUCUGGAGACCUCCACACUUGGUCUGGAGUUCCGUCUGCGCCCGAAGCACUUCAAGAAGGGAGACUUGAAGAUCAAAUGCCUGGCGAGGAUAUAUACCGUAUAUUGGAAAUCGAAUGAGCUCAGCAUAGAGGGUGAGAGGCCUCUGAAGAUACCGGUAAUGGAGAGCAGGGAGACAAGAGCGCAAGGGCAC